AUGCAUCUCAAAGCCUCCAGCAUCUUGGCUCUGCUAGUCAUCGGCGCCAAUGCCUACCCAGCGUCGGCCAACUCGGCUGCGGCCCUGGUUCCUGAACCGCAGCAGCCAGAGGCCCCCGCGGUUGCCGGCUCCACUGUGGGCGCUCAAGUCGACAUUCACCAUCCGCGACUUGAGGCACGCUACGGGCGAGACGAGCCGCAAAUCAUGUGCGGUUAUUGCGGUAAAAGAUUUUGGAACAAGCCAGAUUUAGAGAAACAUAUCAAGCUUAAGCCAUCCAAAGGAGGACACAAGGGCCAGCCCUACAAAGAACAUAGCUGGAAUCGACCCACAUGA